AUGGAGAGAGCGUCUCCAUGCCCGCCGGAGCAUGCAUACCUCGAGGCUGUGCAUCCUGGCACACGGUACCACUACACGUCGUUACCGACAGACGACGCGAUCCGCAUUCUGCUGCUGCAGCCGUCGAAAGACAACGACCCUGUCAUCAGAGCCAGCAUAGAACUUGCCGCCUGGGCGACCGACGACGGUUGCGCAUGCCUAUUGCAGACUCUUGAGAUCGAAUUUACGUCGCGCCCAUCACGACGAAUUUGUACGAUGGACUUCGCCAGAUACGGAGCACUCAUGAGGUUCAGAGAUUGUGGAUCGAUGCAGUAUGCAUCAACCAAGACGACCAUGAGGAGCGGAGCCGGCAGGUGGCGAUGA